AUGCCGAUGGCAGACAAAAAAGCCGCCCCUAAAGCCCCAGAAAAGAAGAAAGAAGUAUUAUCGUUCUUUGAGAAUUUUGCUCUCAGUGGAGCAGCUGCCGUCAUUUCCAAGACUGCUGCAGCCCCUAUUGAAAGAGUCAAACUUUUAGUACAAAAUCAAGAUGAGAUGAUCAAACAAGGUAGAUUGUCUGAACCAUACAAAGGAGUCAUUGAUUGCACAAAGAAAACCAUGGCUAAUGAAGGAUUUCUGCCAUUUUGGAGGGGUAAUUUAGCCAACUGCAUCCGAUAUUUCCCAACCCAAGCUCUUAAUUUCGCUUUCAAAGAUCAGAUCAAAAAGCUCUUCAAACAGAAGAAGACUGACCCAUACAUGGUAAAUUUUGGUAAGAAUAUUGCCUCUGGUGGUACAGCUGGUGCCCUCUCCCUCUGCUUCGUCUACUCUCUUGAUUAUGCUCGAACCAGAUUAGCCAAUGACGCCAAAUCUUCAACUAAAGGUGGAGGAUCCAGAGAAUUCAAUGGUUUGAUUGAUGUUUACAAGAAGACCUUAAAAACUGAUGGUAUUCAAGGACUCUAUAGAGGUUUUGUCAUCUCCUGUGUUGGUAUUGUUGUAUAUAGAGGUUUCUACUUCGGUCUCUUUGAUACCUUGAAACCUAUCUUAUUGGGAGACAGUGCUAAUAUUUUAUUAUCAUUUGCUCUUGGUUACACUGUUACCAUCACCAGUGGUUUAAUAUCCUACCCGAUUGAUACUAUUAGAAGAAGGAUGAUGAUGACAUCUGGACAAGCAGUUAAAUAUAAGGGAGCAGUUGAUUGUGCUCUCCAAAUUAUGAAGAAUGAAGGUUUCAUGUCCAUGAUGAAGGGAGCUGGUGCCAAUAUCUUGAGAGGUGUAGCUGGUGCUGGAGUAUUGUCUGGUUUUGACAAGUUCCAGGAAAUAUACAUUAAUGCCAAGGUAACUGGUAAAUUACCAUGGUAAUUGUACUACAUUAUAGAACUAUUUAAUAAUUUUAGGAAAAAAACUUUUAAAAAAAAAAAGAACUAAUGUGUGUAUAGUUCAUGAACUUUUCGCAUAAAACUAUAAAUGAAUUAAUUUGUAGUAUAUUCAUCUUUUAAAAGUGUAUUAACUGAAACUUCUAUGUACAGGCAUUUCAUUUUUCUAACAAAACCUACAACCAUUUUGUUAGAAAAAAGAUUGACCUCAAACCACUUUUGAUGUAAAAAAUGUAGAUUUCAUUUGAAUUGUACAAUAUUAGUAAAAGACCAUGCCACCUUGAAAUUUGUUAUGAGUAAAUGUCUAUUUGCUGUGCUUAGACAUGGAUAUAAAAAAUAUUUAAUGUAGCUGUUUUGUUUAUUAACUUAAAUCACAGUUGCUGUCGUGCUUGUCCCUAGGUUUGCUUACAUUGCUGGUUAGUAGUGUGUUUGCCGUUCAUAUUGACUGGAUAAUCUUCGAGAGGUGGUAAUUGGAACUAAGACAGUUGUGUUAUAUCAAACUUUUGGGCCAUCUUGCACCAUAAUAAUUUAGUAUAUGGAGAAACAUCUGUCCAAACCAAACCUCCAUUCGGUCAGUAAGACCAAAUCACGGAAUAGGAUGAUCGAGGACUAACUUUUCUUAAUUGGGUAAAAGAUGACAAGUAUUUGUUAUACUGUGGAUAAAUGAGAAGAAAACUUAGUUAUCUGUUUUCGCCAAGUUUGCGAGCAUGACAGAAAUGUGAUCAAAGUCUGUAUAAGUGUAAGGAAAUUGUUGUGGUCCAUUUAUCUUUUUGUUAUAAAGUAGAGUUACUUCCCUU